UGAGCUGACUGCUCCAGUCCCGAGGCGGCUGUAGCUGCAUGUGACGGGGUGGGGGCUGGGGGGGGUCAGUCUCAGCCCCAGACAAAGCCGGGGGGGGCUGGCUGUUGCCUCCCUCCCUCCGCUAGCGCGUUUCCCUCGCUCGCUCCAUCCCGCCUCCCGGGGGGGGGCGGGGAGUCUGUCUGCAGCCGCCGCACCCGGGUCCCCCCCAGCAUCUCGGGCAGCGCGACAGGACACCCCAAUGUCGGACGACACGGAAAAGGACGAGACGCCCCCCCUGGGGCCAACUGAGCUGCAGUCACCCCCCUCGGCCCUAGACGCCCCCCCCUCGGCCCCAGACGUUCCCUCACUGGCACAAGUCAUUUCCUUUUCUGCCCCACCUGCUCCCCCCUCAGCCCCACAUGCCCCCCCCUCACCAGCAGUGACUGUGAUGGUGGAGGAUGAGGGGGAGCCCAAGGAGGGGCCCCAACAAAACGGACAGGCCGUGGGUGCAGGGGAUGCCCCCUGCCCCCCCCAAACUUCCCUCCCCACUCCAGCCCCUACUCGCUCCAAAUCAGCCUCCCUGGGCGACUUGGGGGGCAAGGCCAGCGCUAACGUGGGGCCGCGGGUGCAGGGCAGCCUGGUGGGGUCCCAGGUGCAUCUGGCGGGGGCAGGGUCGCCCCGUCCCAGCCUGAGCCGCCAGCCCUCGGGGGCCGAGGGGGGCCCCGAGGCGGAGAAGCCGCGGGAUUACAUCCUGCUGGCUGCCCUGGCCUGCUUCUGCCCCAUCUGGCCCAUCAACAUCGUCGCCUUCGUUUACUCCGUCAUGUCGCGGAACAGCCUGCAGCAGGGGGACGUGGACGGGGCGCGGCGGCUGGGCCGUGUGGCCAAACUGCUGAGCAUGGUGGCCCUGCUCGGGGGCGUCAUCGUCAUCAUCCUCUCGGUCACCAUCAACUUUGGCUUGUUCCAGUGAAGACGACUCCGUGCUGUCCCCAGCCCCCCCAACCCAGGAGCCCCCCCCCCGGCACUGCUCUAAUGGGGACCAACCAUCCAGGGGGGCCGAGGGGGCGGAGAGGGGGAUUACGGCAGCCAACAGAGGGGUGUGGCCUCAAAUCCCCCUUCCGCCUCGGGGACAGAGCCAGAAAAGAAGAACAGAAGGAGAGAAUGGAGGAAGAAACACCUCUCCAUCUGUCCACCUGUAUGCCUUCAUCCAUCCGUCCCACUGUCCAUCCAGCCAUUCUGCCAUCCAUCCCACAGUCCAUCCAUCUGUCCUGCUGUCCAUCCAGCCAUUCUGUCAUCCAACCAUCCAUCCCGCUGUCCAUCCGUGCAUCCUGCCGUCCGUCCAUCCAUCCCACUAUCCAUCUAGCUGUCCAUCCAUCCAUCCCGGAGUCCUACUGUCCAUCUAGCUGUCCUGCAGUCCGUCCAGUCUUCUACCGACUUACAUCACUGGAUGGAUGGAUGGGUGGGUAUCUGUCCACCCAUCCUGCCGUAUGUCCAUCCAUCCAUCCAGCUACCCAUCCCUUCAUCUGUCCAUCCAGCCUUCUGCCAACUCAUCCAUCCAUCCAGUGACACAUCCAUCCCUCCAUUUGGCCUUCUUUCUGUCCCUCCCCCCACUCCCUUUCCUUGCCCUCCCUCCCUUCUGGCUCAUUGCCCCUUCGACAGCAAAUAAAACUCUUUCGAUUUCCAUGUUUACAAGACAAGAAAAAGCAUGGGCCCAAGACACCAGUGGGACCCUUCUGACGGGAGGGGCACGUUUACAUCCCAGCUUGCCCCAUCCCAAAAGGACAAAUGAAACAGAGCCAGCGAUGGAAACCCCAACACCCUUUCUCCCCCGGCUCCCCGCUGCAUGGGGACACGGCCAGCCAGGAGCUGGGAUUUGGGGGCCAACAGCGGGACAUGGAAUAAAAGAACAAAGAAGGGGGCAAAAAGGAGAGAUGCCGCUGGGCGCCAAUUCCUCGUUGAUCCUAUUUACAACCCCACAUCGGCCAAUGGGGGAGAUGGGUGGGUGGCGUCUGAAUGGUGAACGGAAGAGGAAGAAAGGUGGAGAGGUUGCUGGAGGUUUCUCCUCCUGCCCUGCCUCGGGCUAGUCACGUUUUGGGGGGCAAGGAAGGACAGAACAAAAUGGGCCAAAGGGAAGAGAGAUGCCGGCAGCUCAUUGGCUGCACCUCCUUCCCCCUCUUGUGGGUCGGGCUGACAAACCCACGGCAGGGCCGAGGGAGAAUGCCGGCGCCGAGGGGCCUGGAACAACAGAACAAGAAAGGCCCGACGGAGUAGUGGGGCGGGAACCGGCCCAGACGCCAACCCCACCCUGGCACCAAGUGACUUCAGACUGUUACAGACCCAAUCUUGUGGGGAAGGGGCUGGUUUUGGGGGGGCAGGGGAAUGCCCCAAGCUGAGCCCCCCCCCCUUUUGGGUCCCAUCUUUUGCACGCUAUCCACUGGGUAAUGGGGGGGGGGCAGGCGCACAGGAGUGGGGACAGUACAAUUGGGAAGAAAUUGGGGGGGCAGCAGGAAUUUUCGGGAGGGGGAUGAUGAAGGGGCUUGUGUUUUGAUGUUGACAUGCCAGUAUUAUACAUGCAUGUUUUAUAUACUCUGUUUUCGGGGGCGAUGGGGGUUCAUCCAUCCUAGUCACUCCUAGAUGGACCCUGGAAGUGACUAGGGUGGUUUCAAUAUCGGUGUGUGUGUGUGUGUGUGUGGGGGGGGGAACAGGACACAUUAAAAUAAGCAUUUGUUUAAAGGCUAGGAGGAAUUUAAGCCAUUUGGGGGGCCAGGGGGUCGGCUCCCAUCUGGCCCCACGGCAGGCAGCUGCUGGCUGAUGGGGGAGGGGAAUAAGUCCCCCCCUUUAAAUCCUCCUUACAUGGAGGCUGUGGAAUGGCCCCACGUCCAUCAAUUUGGGGGGGGAGGAGGGGUUGCACAGUGGGUUUUAACCCCCGCGGGAAAUAACUCCCAGCCCCUGCUUUUCCAGAGAACCCCCAAAACAGGGUGAAUAUGAACCCCAGGGCCCAGUGCCCCCUGGCCCCCCGGGGCCUGUUUUGUAGCGAUUCAGAUGCAUGAGAAGCCAAUAAACAAGCAUGAGAAUGGGUCCAUGUGUCU